CUGAGGGGUGGUAUUUGAUCCCCCGCAGAGCGUGAAAAGACGGACAAGUUAUGCUCUGCACAACUGUAUUAAUCUAAGAAACAGUGAAAAAGUUUUGGGGGAGAACUGGGUAAAAGGAGAGAGAAAGAGAGAGAGGUUUCGGAGUCCUGCAGGGAUCUUGGCAAGCAGUUCAGAUGAGCCUUCUUCACACACAACUGAAGGGGGUAAGAACAGGAGACAAAAGGCAGCUAGUCUCUCUAAACAGGAAGACUUUUAAAAACCGUUUUUUCUCUCUCUGCAGUGCUGCAACAGCUGCCCCAAUGAAUUAUGCUAAACUCGGACUCAGAAUCAGCAUAGGCACCUUCUUAUUACAAUGCAAAAAGCCACUGGAGAAAGUUAGGAUUUAGGAACUGCCUGAGAGUCCAGGCAAAACUAUUUGGCUCCAUUAACCCAGCAAUCUGUCACCCCCUUUUCUUUCUUUCUUUCUUUCUUUCUUUCUUUCUUUCUUUCUUUCUUUCUUUCUUUCUUUCUUUCUUUCUCUUUUUCCCCCCUUUUCUUUUUCUUUCCCCUUAUCAUGGAAGGAAAUGAGAUCUGCCUGGAAAUGAGUUUUGCGGUUACUAGAUUGGUUUGCUCUCUGGAGUUUGUGUCCUCUAGGAUUUUUCCUUCCACCCCCCUGGAACAAUGUGAAGAAGCCUGAUCCUACAGCGCGGAUCCAUCCACUUUCUGAUUUUAAUUUUGUUUUUUUGCUUGUUCGCCUGGCCGUAGUUUGUGCGUAAAAAGAUAACAUUUUUGGAUGAAGCUUCUCUGAAGGUGAAAGGGGGUGUGCGUGUUUGCUGAUUUGGCUUCUCUCCAACGACACCAGAGAUCAUGAGCAAGAGGAUUUCCCCUUGGGAUGGGGAUUUGAACUGAAAGACCACAACAUCUCCCUACUGUUUGUUUUUGCACCAAAGAUGAUCCUUGGAGUUGGCUUGAUGCAGCCUGCUGUUUUAAGGCCUACUCCUGAUCCUUGUUUGGCUCGGACCCUAUGAGACUCUCCACCCCAGCUCCUGCCUUGUUGUGGAACCUGCAGGAUGGGGAGCAGUAGUUCGGCACUGAAAGUUUGCACUGAUCACCAGGGAGGCAUCAACUGGCUGAGCCUCAGCCCAGACGGCCAGUGGCUCCUGACAGGUAGUGAAGAUGGCACUGCACGGCUCUGGAGCACUGCGGACAGCCAGUGCAGGGCCCAUUUUCAAGGACAUGAAAGCUACAUCACAUUUUGCCACUUAGAAAAUGAAGCUGCUUUUACAUGUAGUGCGGAUCACACAAUUCGAAAGUGGGACGUGAUGACAGGCCAGUGCCUGGCAGUUUACCGAGGGCACACAUCGAUUGUCAACAGGAUUCUGGUUUUCAAGGAUUAUCUCUUCAGUGGCUCCUAUGACAGGACAGCGCGGUGCUGGAGUGUGGAUAAGGAGAAGCCAAUCCAAGAGUUUCGAGGCCACCGGAACUGUGUUCUGACGUUGGCUCUUUACUCCUCCAAGGAUGUCCUUGAGGAUUCAGAAGAGGAAGAGUUGGAGGAGGAGAAAUUGAGCAGGGGCUUCUUGGUGACAGGGAGCACAGACUGCACUGUCAAGGUCUGGUGGGUGUCCAGUGGGCGCUGCCACCAAACCCUGCUGGGACACACUGGGGCCGUCUUAUGUCUUAUACUUGAUGCUCCAAACAGGGAGCUUUUUUCAGGCAGCACUGAUUACACCAUUCGGACUUGGAACAUCGUGACUGGCGAGCAGCUAAGAGUGUUCAAAGAGCAUCAAGGAUCUGUCAUUUGCCUAGAGCUUGUGAAUCGGCGCUUGUAUUCAGGGAGUGCAGACAGGACAGUGAAAUGCUGGUUGGCCGAUACCGGGGAGCGAGUCCGGACAUUCAAGGCUCACAAGCACAGCGUCAGCACUUUGAAAUACCAUGCUGGAAUAUAUUCACAACGAAUUACUGUACACGGCCUCCCACGACGGCACGCUAAGGAUCUGGGACAUACGGCAGGUCAGCAAGCGGAGCAAGCGGCGCUGGAAGGAGAGGUCGAUCCAGGGCAGGCGUUCUCAGAAGGGAAGCCUGUCUCGGCUCUUCAACAACAAAGUGGGCUGCAUGGUGCACCAGGAAAACAGGGGGGAGCAGGAGGCCGUGGAGCUCGUGUGACAGCUGGGCUGGUGCGAGAGGACAGGAAGCACCCAGUCAACUACAUAAGGGAACGCCUGAGCCAACUGACCUACCAAGCCAAAUGCAGCCUGUAGCUCAUUAUACUGAGCAGGCCUAUCAGGGGCUCGGAUUCCAUGUCCUGGCAUUUCUGCCUGCCUGCCAUAAUCAAGCACCUGGCUGGCCACAGCCUUGUAUCUUGGGUGGGCUGCGUUCAGCAAGGUGGGUCACAAGCUGUGUGGGCACGAUCCUGGCCUGAUGCUGAUGAAAUGGCAACGAAAAAAACAGCAGGGAAGUGAACUAUGACAGAUACCUAUUUCAUGAUAAUGUAUCUAUUCUCGUGAACAUAUAGAAAUGCCCGUUUUGUUGGCCUACUGCAUCACACACCAUUUGUCGCCCACAGAGAUGUCUCAUCCUGCACGCUGCAGGUGCAGAUUUCUAAGCAACUGGGCCCGCAGAGCCAGUACAACUUGGAGCGGCUCAGAAAGGGAGGGGGCAAGGAAGCCUCAGGGGUGGAAGCCAGAGCUUUAACAGGUCAGUCAUAGAAGGUUAGGGAGCCUGAUGUCAUGUUUAGGUGGCGUGUCACAGAACAGGGGUGUAUGGUAACUCCCCUCCCCACCCCCAUUUGCUUUGUGCCCAGACCGGGAAAGGUAUUUAAUGGUACAUGCAGAAAAAAGCAGUUGCCGUGCAUUGGAUGUGUACUUAAUGCCUUGUUAACAACAUAUUCCCAUUCCAUAAUUUAACACCAGGGGAAACUGCUUCUCUGGGUUUUGCAGCAGAGCCAGCUAAGCAGAGGACUGAUUACUGAUGUCUGUAAUCCCUCGUUCUCCUCAGAGCAGUUUUGCAAUUAUUUGCAAAUGAAUCAUGCUAAAUGGAUGGAUAAGUUCAUGAAUGAUAUGGCACUUUUACAACCCCCCCCCACUCCCCAUAGAGCAUGAUGCAUAUGCAAAGCAUAUUGCAGCCAAGGUGGGAUCACAGCCACCCACCAAUCAGCACUUUGCACAGCUGCCUUUCCACUUGGGGAGCCAGCACAUUUCUACAUCUGCACUAGGCCAUGGCUUAGUUUAGUGUGAUGUGCAGAAAUUGCCAUUGUGGUGAAUUGUGAGCUUUUGCACUGGCCUCUCCAGGUGACCCUUAAACAAGAGUUCGAUCUACAGAUGAGCAUAUUCAGCUCCAGGCCACAAAAAGCCUCACUUACUGAUUUGUUUUUCAAACGUCUGUUAAAAGCAAAAGGCUGGAUUCUUAAAAGCAAAACUGGGUUUCAGGGCGAGAGGUUUCUGGCAACAUUUGGGAACUGGAAAAUGGUUGGGCUUGUCUUCACGAGGAUACGAUUGGAGCAAAUUGGUCUGGGUUCUAUCAGGGUAAAAUAUGGAGUGUUUUUUGUAAGUGGUUGAGAGAUACUUGUGAUAAUCUCCAUGGGGACUGGUGAUGGAAUGAGGGUCUGACGUAAGCUCUUUCAGAAGUAAAGGUGUGUAGGUUCCUUGGUGGCAGAAGGAGCAGGGAGAUACAUCUCCUGUCCUUCACUGGAGAGGAACCCUUGCAGCAAAGAUGUGUGUGUGUGAAUGUGUGGAAUAUGGGCCCAGCAGAGUGACUUGGAAGCUGUCCUUGAGAUGGGAUGUGUGUGGAGUGGAGGCUGUGUGAGCUGCUUUUCUGUUCAUGAAAGACAAAGGAAGUGGAGUCUAGCAUGAGGCUUUGGAAGACCUCUGUUGCUUGUGUGGCUAAGCUUCUCCACCUGGGGAAGCAAUCUCUUACCCUGGUUUUCUCUUUUCUCCCUCUGAUGUUUGUUUAGAUAACCACUGAGCCAUAAAUAUGUAACUAUGAUGUUGUGGAUUUUGUUGUAGCAGUGUUUAACUGAAACAAGUACUUUAAUCACUUGUGUGUGGCUUUCUUUGUUGUGUAGCAUACCGAGCCAGUGCCUGUGACAAAGCGAGGGUUAAUAAAAACUGUCAUAGAGAUAACA